AUGCCAUCCUCGCCUGCAUACGAACUAGUUCCCACUGACGCAAACGUAGACUCGGGGGACCAAUCUCAGCCUAGACCACGCUCGCGUCGCCUGGCAGCAACCAAGUCAUUGCUCCUUGCCUUGGCUUUCUGUGUCGUCGCAAUAGCAGCCUUCAAAGCUGGGCAGUGGUCAGUGAAAGUCAUUCCCGCCGACCACACGGUUUCUCCGGGAAAACCAGAUACAGAGGAAGUUGGAAAUCCUUCCGCCGCACCUACAAACGAUACAAAUAUGUCUUCUGGGAAGUAUAGCGUUGGAUACUUCGUGAAUUGGGGGAUUUACGGCAGAAAGUUUCCCCCAUCCCUGAUCCCGGUGGAAAACUUGACUCAUAUCCUGUACGCAUUUGCGAAUAUCAAAGCAGAUACUGGUGAGGUCUUCCUGUCUGAUACGUGGGCCGACCAGGAGAUACACUAUGCUGGUGACUCUUGGAAUGACGUUGGCAACAACCUGUAUGGAAAUUUCAAAGCAUUGUACAACCUGAAGAAGCAGAAUCGCCAUCUGAAAGUCAUUCUGUCCAUUGGGGGUUGGACAUAUUCCCCGACUUUCCACCCAAUUGUCGUUUCCCCCGCGCUCAGAUCGAAGUUCGUGGCGUCGGCCAUCAGACUGCUAGAAGACAACGGUCUAGAUGGGCUGGACGUUGAUUAUGAAUAUCCGCAGAAUGACGAGCAAGCGAGAGGUUACGUCGAGCUGUUGAGGGAACUGAGGGAAGGACUAGACGCGCACGCCAGACGAAAGGAUAUCAGUCAUAGAUUCCUUCUGACUAUCGCAGCGCCAUGUGGUCCGGAUAACUACAAGAAACUUCAUGUCUCAGAAAUGGAUCGGUAUCUCGACUUUUGGAACAUGAUGGCGUAUGACUUCUCCGGUUCAUGGGACCACAUUGCAAAUCAUCAAGCGAACAUCUUCGGAGGGCCGAUCAGUGCGUCCCAGUCGAUACAUUGGUAUAUCUCCAAGGGGGUGCCUCGCAACAAGCUCAUUUUGGGUAUUCCCCUGUACGGGCGAAGUUUCAUGAAUACCGAGGGUCCUGGACACUCCUUCCAGGGUAUAGGACCCGGUAGCUGGGAACAAGGUGUCUAUGACUACCGCGCACUUCCCCUACCAGGUUCCUACAUGCACCGCGACGAACAGGCACUUGCCAGUUGGUCGUACAACUUCCAAACGAAGGAGAUGGUGAGUUUCGAUUCAGAAGAAGUUGGAUGGUGGAAGGGGGAGUGGAUAAGGAAGGAGGGUCUCGGAGGAAGCAUGUUCUGGGAGCUUAGCGGGGAUAAGGGGAGUCAGAGGGAAGGCAUGGAAGGUGGCCCGGGUAAGGAAGCGCAGCCAGGGAAGAGUUUGGUUGCUGUGGUGAAGGAGGCGAUGGGCGGGCUGGAUACCAGCCCCAAUUGGUUGCAGUAUGAAGGCAGCAAGUUUGAUAACAUGAGGAAGGGGAUGAUGUGA